AUCAAAAUGGACGCCGAACUUCAAGAGCAAAUCAGAAUUCAAGUCUCGAAUAUUUUGACGGUAAAUCAAAACGACAUGAUGAACCAAAUGCGUUCGAUUAUUUCCAGCGAAAUGGGAAAGAUGCAUGUGCAACAACAACAGAUUGCAGAAACACAGGUUUCCAAGAUAGAAGCUACCUUGACGGAUGGACCCAAAUUCAAAAAACGAGGGAAUGAAGAGCAGUUUAAGCAAAACAUGAAGGUGCUCAGCAAAAUGAAAGAAGCAGACAGUCUGUUAGAUGGCACUAAUCCAACACCGGAUACCGUAUGCAAAGCCAAGGAGAAGUUAGCGGAAGGUAUUUCUUUAAUGAACUAUAGACAAAAGUUAAUACGUAUUGCAGAUUCAUCCGAGCUGGGCUGGCGAGUCGUACACGAAUAUGAAACCAACCCACUUGCAGAUGAUUCGGAAGAUGAAAGGAAAUUGUAUAAGGCUGAAAACAGAGCAGAAAGAAAGGUGAAAGCUGAUAAGACAAAGAAAGCUAGACGAGUACAUCCCUACGUCCAACCAGCAGAAAAAGCAGUUAUGACGAGAAAACCAGGCAGAUGUUUCAAUUGUGGUGUGAAAGGACAUUGGAAACAGGAAUGUCCUGAGAAACAGCAAAGAAAAAAUGAUAAGAUAAGUAAUCUUAAUACUUUAAAUAGGUGUAAUUUAGAAGUACACGUAGAUAACUUAUGUAUAAAGGUUGAUACAAUUAAAUCACCAGUCAAUAGUCUGAGAAAACACAUAAACAAAUGGAAAAUCAUUCAAACAAGUGAUUACAUUUUAAAUGUUAUUGACAAAGGGUAUAUGUUACCGUUAAAAACUUUACCUGAGAACGUUUUAUUAGAUAAUAAUAGAUCAGCCAAAGACAACAAAUCAUUUGUUAAAGAUGAAAUUGAGAAAUUAUUAUCUAAAGGGUGUAUAUCAGAAGUAUUUGUAAAGCCUAAGGUUGUAAAUCCAUUAACGGUUGCAGGUAACAAGUCAAAACUUAGAUUAGUGCUUGACUGGCGUCACAUCAAUCCACAUUUAUAUCAGUUUAGAUAUAAAUACGAAGAUGCCUCUGUGGCAAGAAAACUGUUUUCUAAGGGCGAUUAUCUGUUUUCUUUUGAUUUGAAGUCAGCUUAUCAUCAUAUUAUGGUACAGCAGGAAGACGGAACAUAUUUGGGUUUUCAGUGGGAGUCUAAAUUUUACAUAUUUAAUGUUUUGUGUUUCGGAUUGGCUACAGCAGGUUUUAUAUUUUCAAAAGUCUUAAGAGAGGUUAUAAGGUAUUGGAGAUCUAACAGUAUCAGGAUCCUAAUGUAUCUUGAUGAUGGUUUAGGGGGUGCUGACAAUUAUGAUGAAUGCACUACAGUUAGCCAUAGAAUAAAGGCAGAUUUAAUCGAUUUUGGCUUCAUUAUUGCUGAAGAAAAGUGUAACUGGAACCCGGUCCAAGUGAUAACUUUCUUGGGAAUGAUAUGGGAUACAUCUGAAGGUAGAAUUAGAAUAACAAAAGAGAGAAUUGACAGGAUAAUAAAAUGUAUAUCCUGCAUUUGUAACAGGUUACCAGACAAACGUGUGAUAUCAGUGAAAUUAUUAGCUUCUGUUAUUGGUCAGUUAAUAUCUACACAAGGUGUGUUGGGUACAACUGUAAGGUUAAGGACUCGGUAUGCCUAUGAUUGUGUUCAGGAUAGUACAUCAUGGGAGGCACCGGUCUGGGUUACUCCAGAAGCGGAGGUAGAAUUAGGGUUUUGGUUAUCAAACAUAGAAAGGUUAAAUGCAGAUGGUGCAUUAUUUAGUCAGUUGACAAACGAAGCAUGUGAUGUAAACAUGUUUUCGGAUGCCUCAGGUGAAGGCUAUGGAGGAUAUAUAGCUGAGGCAGGGAACAGCAAAACGGUUGAAAUGUUUGGUGCAUGGGAUGCACAUGAAACAAACAUGAGUUCUACUUGGAGAGAACUUGAGGCUGUUCAUAGGGUUUUGAAAACUAAUUUGCCUACAUUGAAUGGGCAAAGUGUAAGAAUACAUACUGAUAAUAAAAAUGUUGAAACUAUUUUGAAGGUCGGUAGUAAAAAGACUCACUUGCAAGAUAUAAACAUGGAAAUUCAAAAUGCAUGUGAACAAAGCAAUGUUUCGUUUUUUGCGCAAUGGAUACCGAGAGAAAAUAAUACACAUGCAGACACUUUAAGUAGGUUGAACGAUUGCGAUGACUGGGGUGUACAAACAUGGCUGUUUCGUACGCUUGAUAGAGAGUGGGGUCCUCAUACAGUAGAUCGUUUUGCGUCUUCAUAUAACAAAAAAUGUGAUAAUUUUAAUUCCAAGUUCUGGUGUCAGAGAACGAGCGGUGUUGAUGCUUUCAAACAGCAUUGGGAUAAAGAAAAUAACUGGUUAGUCCCACCACCUUCGUUAGUUACAGAAACAGUUAAAAAGAUGUUGAAAGAUAGGGCAGUUGGUACGUUAGUUAUACCCGAAUGGAAGUCGGCUCCUUAUUGGCCGGUCUUGUCAGAGGGUAACGGAUUUAAAUAUUUUGUUAAAAAUCAUAAGAUCUUUCCGGGUUCAAGGAUAACUCAUAGAGGAAGAGGGCGAAAUGGGAUUUUCGGUAUGAUUAAACAAAAUUUCAAUUUCGUUGCUAUGCGUGUUGAAAUUUAGGUUAUUAGAUUAUCAUAGAUUGCAUUUCUGUUUUCCAGGAAUAGGUUUGAGAGACAAAAUUAAGGAAGAUGUGAAAGAUGCCGGAGUAGACGAGGAAUCUGAACUUUUCAAGUAUGCAGAACAUAUGUCCAGUUACAUUGUGAACAGUAGAAGUGAUAAUACAGCAAAAUCGUACUUUUAUGCAUUUAAACGUUGGGAAACAUUCAUUAAAAAACAUGGUUUUCAAGCUUUAUCAGCACAACCGGUUCAUAUAGCUUUGUACAUAACUUAUUUGCUUGACACUGGUGCUACUUGUAACACUAUCAAUUCUGCUAUUUAUAGUAUAAAAUGGGUGCACGAAAUGAGUAAUUUUGCAGAUCCAACUAAAAAUUCAUAUUUACAUUCUUUACAAGAAUCUGCCAAGAGAGUGGCUACUGUUAAGAAGCACAAGAAGGACCCUGUUUCAUUAGAUAUGUUAUUGCAAUUGUGCAGAAUGUUUUCAAAUAACCAAGAUUUACUUGUGGUUCGUGAUUUAGCAAUGAUUUUACUGUCUUUUGCUGGGUUUUUGCGUUACGAUGAGAUUAGCUCUCUUUUGUGUAAAAAUGUUAAAGUUAAAUCUGAUUAUUUAAUUUUGUAUAUAGAGAAGAGUAAGACUGACCAGUAUCGUAAUGGUAAUGAGGUUUUAAUUUCCAAGGGGGAUACCAUUGCUUGUCCAUAUGAGAUGUUUUUGAGAUAUGUAAAUCUUUCAGGUGUCAAUUUGGAAUCGAAUUUUUCCUUUUUAGACCUAUUUUUCGUUCUAAAAGUAUUUGUAAACUUGUAUAUAAAAACAAAAAGCUUAGUUAUACUACAGCCAGAGAAAGCAUUAUUUAUAGACUGAAACUAGUGUCAAAAGACCUGAAGCUUGGACUGCAUUCAAUGCGGUCAGGUGGGGCUACUGCUGCUGCAAAUUCGGGUGUCAAUGAUAGGGUAUGGAAACGACACGGUCGUUGGAAAAGUGACAGUAGCAAGGAUGGUUACGUUGUGGACUCAGUUGAAAAAGGCUGCAAGUAACGAAGCAUUUAGGAUUGUAAAUAGUUUUUGCUUCUCGUCCCGGUUCCCCCUAUAUUUGUAAGUUUUCUAGCGUACUUGACGGGCUAGUCGGCAAAAUUAAUAUUGUUUUUAAUUUGUAUAUUAAUUAUGGUAAACGUACAUAGUGCUUAUGUACGAUGGAGUGUAGGUCGGUCAGUAUUUUGAUAGAGUAAAUACAUGAAUUUUCCCGCGUUUCGACUAGUAAUAGCGGGAAAAUGUCUGUAUUAACGGUUUGUAAAUAAGGUAUUGUCCAAUCAGGAUUUGUUUGUAAUCAAAAUUGAUUGCAGGUAAAAGGUAUACAUGUAAAUGUAUCUCACUUUCUAGCCGUCCUUUGAAGCGUACACAUCAAAAUUACAUUUUUUGAUAAUAGAUUUAAUAUCGCAAAGCUGUUGGCGUAGAGUAUAUUUGUUUUUAAUUUCUGAAUUUUCAAUUUUGAAAUGUUAUAUAGAUUAUAAGUGUAUAUUUUGAUUGGGAAUGAAAGUUCAUUAUCAACGCAAGUUCUCGUGUUGUCCCUAUGAGACGGUCUGUCGAAAGAUAUUUUUGCUAGAGAACACAGGUUUCCAGAGCUUUUAUGACCAUCAAAUACUGUAUGGUUUUAUCUCUGGUUUUUCCUGAGCGUGUCUUGGCCGUUGGUACGAGGAGGAACUUUCUUAAGUUAGUUGUAAAUGAUCAGUGAUUAAUAACUGUAUGGAUGUUUACUCAAACAAUGUUUAUCAUAUUUAUUAUAUGUUGUAUAUCUAAAAUAAAAUCCGGCGUCCAGCGUACUUGACGGGCUAGUCGGCAAAAUUAA